AUGGUCAAACCUAAUUGGGAUAUUUUCAAUGGUGCUGCCGUUCCGCUAUUCGCUGUGCUGUUGCAAAAUGUCAUUUUGCUCCCUGCCUGCGCCUCAAACGGGAAAUGUUGUAGGCGGAAGCAUGCAAGCUGUGAUAUCUGGUUGAAUUGUAGUUGUCUUCCCGUGUUUCGUUUCAUCAAUCUGGCUCGGCAGUUGCAUCGCGGAAUUGCCAACAGCCGGGCUUGGUGCUGCAUGGGAAACGAGGAAGGAGCACCCAGAUUCUCGCCGGGUUUGGACUCGAUGACAUCACAUCACGGUAAUGGAGCCAAUAACAGGGAAACGAAAGCUGUUGGGAGCUCAGGGAAGGUUUCCGGCUUGUGGGGCUUUUGGCACAGUGGUCUCGAUCGAAUUGGCCCACAUCGUGGCCGCUGUCCCUCGACAGCUGGACUCUGGAGCACUCCACAUAUCACGAAGCUGGCAUGCACCAGAACUCGUGGCCGAGCAACCGUCAACUCCACCAGCUUCAUCCGCAACACUAUCGCCUCUGCCGGUGAUUUCAAUCGAACGUCCUCCGUACAGUCAGUUAUAUGGACCAGUGUGGAGGUUUCGCUGUUCUCGGCCAUGGCCUGUACGAAGCUCUCUGAACAAGCUCGACCCAGUCCCAAGCAUCGACUGACAGACUUGGAGCUAUUCAAUGCUACUUCGUUCUGCUGGCCCCCAUCUUCCAGCUCCAUCGCCAGCUCCAUCCUCAAUGGAGCCAAUAGAAAGCGAUGCCGGCGCCCGCCAGUGUCGUCAUCACGAGCUGCGGCGGCCCACACCAAGGAGCAGCGCCACGGCAGACGUAACCAAAACAAAAUAUUGAUUGAUCCAAGGCAGGCCACCUGCUCCAUUGCGAGGUUGAUACUCGUAGGAGCAUUCACAGCACAAUAG